AUGGUAUGUUCUUUGGCUUCUGGAUUCUAUGAAGAAUGCAAGGAUGUGGAUGCUGAUUUGGCGGAUGAUUUAGCAAGCAGCUCAUUGCUUUCAAACUUGCACCGGUGUUCCAGAACAAAACACGAAAACAAAGCCAGAGCUGAGUUCACUAAGCAGGGCCUCAGUUGCCCCAUUGGCACCACCAUGAUUGAUAUUGGAGAAGACGUCAAUCAUCCGAUAUUGAGUAUCACUGAAUUCUUGAAAGUCUUGGCCCUUCAUGACAAGCUCCCGCUGCUCUGGGGUGGCAGAGGCAAAGCUUCAGAGAUUUUACCAAGGUUUUGGCGCCAUUAUCGGCAACACGAAGGUUCACACUGUGUGUUCAACGAUCAUAAACACCGGCUUGACAAAGUGCUUCCUUUGCUGCUUCACGCAGACGAAGGACAAACGCUGAAGAAGACCGGGAUUAUGGUGGUGAGCUGGCAUUCGCCAAUGGGGGCGGGCACCAGCAAGUAUACUGAUCCCAACGGCUUGAAUUUGAACUUUCUCGGAAACAGCUAUGCUACAAGAUUUUUGGCAACAGUUUGUUUGAAGAAGGUCUACCAGAAGCAUCCAGAAAAGUUGGACAACAUCAUAUCUGCCAUCGCCGAGGAGCUACGUGAUUUGUAUCAUGCUGGCAUUGAGGUGGUGAUCGGGGAUCGACGUGAGCAAUUUUUUGUUGCAACAAUUGGCUUCAAGGGAGAUUGGCCUAUCCAUGCCAGAGUUGGUCGCCUGCAGCGGCAUUUUUGCCGCAGGGGUGUUUUCAAGGUGAGCGACAAGAGUGGCAUUUGCCACCUAUGCCGUGCUGGAGAGAUCGGUUUUCCUCCCCACGAUUUUGGCCCUGGUGCAGCUUGGAGGAGCACCGUAUUGACCAAAACACCCUGGACGACACCAGGACCUUUGUGUGUAAUCCCGCAAUCCCCCCACCAAGAGUUGAUGCACAAGUUCGAUGCAUUCCACACCUUGCAUAAAGGAUGCUUUGCGGAAUUGGCGGGAAGUGGCUUAGUGGUCAUCCUGGACUAUGAUCUUGUUGGGCCGGAUGGAAAGGUCGAAGUCAAGCUGGAAAGGCUUUAUGGCGUGAUGUCAUCUUUCUGCAAGGCCAAUGGGAUUCCCUUGCAUAUGGAUGCACUGACCAAGAAUUCACUGACAUUUCCUCGGGAUUCGUGUUAUCCUGUGGGGAGCUGGUUCAAGGGAGCCGACACAACUGCCGUGUUAUAUUUCCUUGAAGAUUUCUGGGGAAAACACAAAGCUGGUCUGUCUCAGCCAGAUGACUACGUGGACUCCAUCUAUGAUUGCUGCAAAAGUGCCAAUACCUUCCUGUCGCUCUUGUAUGGAAGUGGCCUGUUUUUGGAGUUGAGUGUAACUCGACAAGCAGCCCAAGCAGGGCUGGACUUCCUGCGCUCGUAUACGGAGUGUGCACAGCUUGCAUACGACCGAAAGCGUAU